AUGGCACCAAUCCAACCAGACGAUAUCCUACGCAGCCUGCAGACAGGAAAUCAGAAUCAGGAUGCCACUCAAAACUUAGACCCUAAGCCGGCAACACUCAAACUCCCACCACGGCCACCCUCAUCCGGCGAACUUCCCGCACCGCUCGACUUCCUCACGCCAUCCAAAUUCCAGGGCGAAUUCCCAGUCGACAGCAACCGCAUUGCCCUCUUCCCGGCCGCGCAGAUCGAGCAAGACGCCCUGUCCACGCGGGUGGUCCUCCACCCGCGCAUGCCGCAGCUGCUCGACGCCUUCCUGCAGCACAAGCGGGCCUGGGGCUCAACGCACGAGCAGCAGCUCUACCGCGGCAUGACCUGGCCGCAGCUGGCGACGCGGCUGAUCGAGAAGCGGCCGCUGUGCUUCCUCGGCCACGGCGACACGACGCGGCUGCGCGACAACCGCUGGAUUGGCCCCGCAUACGCCGAGUGGGACCGCGUCGGCACGCGCGAGCAGCACCGCAACCGCUUCCUGACGCUGGACGAGUACCUGUCGUACGACGAGAUCAUGCUGGGCAGCCUGCUCGCCGUGUCGGGCCCGACGCACUUCAUCAACAGCGGCGGUCGCUACAACUGCGCCGUGCCUGCCGCUGACAGCAACUCGUUCCAGCGCCGCGGCGUCAUGGUCGGCCUUGUCGGCCCCCGCUUCGAGCGCGAUGGCCAGCACGACUCUGCCAUCAUCUGUAAACCGCGUCCGUCGUCGCGCCAGGUUAAGGGAGCGACGAUGGACGCCGACGUCCGCCGCUUGAUCCAGCAGUGGCUGCUGCCGGACAUCGACAUCGACGACCGCGAGAACGAAGAGGUCCGGUUCACCUUGCGCGGCGACUUUGAUGUAGUCAUGUACAAGGCCCGCCUACGCGUCUCGUUCGACCUGCUGCUGCUCGAGGCCGCGGCCCGCGCGAAGGCGGCGGGCGGCAAGAGCGCCGUCGUGCACGUCGUCGGCCUCGGGCUCGGCGUGUGGCGCCGGUACCGCGUGCAGAAUCAGCUCUUCGUCCAGGCUUUUGCGGAGAGCUUGAGGGCGCUGGACCUGCAGAAUAUCAGCAAAGUGGAGCUCGGCUGGAUCGAGGAUGUGCCCGAGGAGACGAAGGUGGAGGUCGUGGCGGCGGGCGAGGCGAAGGGGGUUGAGGUCGUCUUCACCCAGGCGGAUCCGUGCAGGAAGUUGGACGACGAUGACGGGAAGCUGCUCGUCGUGUCUUGGGCGUGGGACGGGAAUUCGUAUGUUGGAAAUGAGUAUUGGAAUGGUUCGUUGGCGGCGAGUGGCGAUCCGGCGGCCGCCUGCUUUUCGACCAUCGCCGAGCUGAUGAAUCCGGAUAUCAAUCCGUUUGCGCAUCGGGUCAUGGUCGUGGGCGCCGGGAACGAGGAAGAGAGCCUUCCGUGGGGAGAACUUGGCCAAAGAUGA